AUCGCUUUUGCCGUCAUCGCUGUCCUGUGCUUGGUCGGAAACCAGGCGUCGUCGUCGUCGUCUUCGUCGUCUCCACGUUCGUCCGCCUUCCGGCACAGAGAGGUGCUGUCAUCCGUCAUACCCAGCUUCCCAUCCUUCUCGGACGGGAUCAGCGACACGGCAGUCGUUGUGGCUGAUGUGAUUAAGGGUGACUCCGACUACGCCCUGUACAUCACACCAUCAGUGAUGCCGGCCCGUAAUGUGCUUGAUAACGUUGACUCGGCAAUCCGGGCCUUUUCACAACGUCUCGUCCAGGAACAAACGCAGUACCUCAGACUCAUUCACCGGACGGAAAACUCUCCAGCGUUGGGUCAGCCGUUGCGCAGCGCCUGGCCGUGGACAUACUCGCGACGACAGGCCCAGGCUAGAGAUACAGCCCUAGGGCAGGGACGACAGCUAGGCAGGCUUAUUGAAACAGCCCUCAGCUCACGUAACACGCUUGUGAAGACGCUUAGAAGCAAGCAGACGUUACAGGCCACGCUACAUGUCUCCCGUAACACAUGUAACUGGGCCAAGAUGCUAGAGAAUAAGCCUCAAAUCGUCGCCGGCUUCGUCGACAGGCUAACAACAAUUGAGCCAGCCAAGGCGGAUGGACCGCUGGCCAGUCAUGACGUCCAGGUCCGGGACCUUACAACUACCGAGGUUUCGCGAGCAAGGGUGCUAUGCUCCGGUUCCAACGUCAUGGCCAGCUCAUGGAAGCGGUUGGAGGAGCACGUAGUCCAGCGGGAUGUUGAGGACCUUAUGUCUGCGAGAGGUCAGGUGCAACAUUUGCUGGAGCAGGUUGCUAAUGACUCCAACGAUCUUGACCCGGAUGAGCUGAACGAGUGGGAGGCCCGCUUGGUGGAUAUCGCCGUCGCACUUUUGAAGAGCAUGCGCCAAGUCUACGGGAGGUACUCAGAAGUUUGAUUUGCAAGAAAGGCGUCCACUUUCAGAAGGAUGUUCAUGGAAAGACGGGGGACGUAUGAGCCGCGGCGGGGUUCAGAAACAAAACGAUGAUGCGUUUGUCACUCACUCAUGGUACGGAGUAUGUA